AUGCUACUCUCGCUCCCUCCUGAAAUAAUCCAGCUCAUUCUACGAAAGUGCGAUGGGCCAUCUUUCUUGCAGGCGGCAUUUUCCUGCCGCUCUCUAUUGGCACUUGCCACUAGCAGCCGCGAUCUGGUCCGGUACCAGCUCUUAGAGACGCCAGGUCCGUCUUCCAAUAUUGAUGCGCCACUACCAACCCGCAAACUAUUUCAGCUGCUACUGCAGCAAUCCCAUCGGGAGCUGUAUGGAGUCAAUUUUCAAUUCGAGCGCAAGAUAUUCAGCUUUGGAGGCAAAGUGGUGGACAGUCGUGCCUCUUCUAUUAUAGAUGCAGGUUCUAAAAAGCAAAUUAUGUUGGUCUUCACGGAUGACCCCACAGUCUAUCUCUUGGAUAUUCAAGAUGGGGCAUUGACUCUUCAACGUCAAAUCGAGAGUCCCGCGAAGCAAUUUGGAGAUGUCCAGAUUGUCCAUACUGCGUUGAAUCAGGAGAGAGCAUAUGUGCUGCAUCGUCUUCAGCCUUUCAAUGUCCAAGAACCCGUCAGCAACCACCCUUUUGUCAAACAGGCUUUGCAAUCCAACCCCAACGGAAGUAUCUUCUUGGCUUGUUACGAUUUAAAUCCCGAGAACAACGUAAUAUACACCUAUGGGUUCCCGGAAGAGAAAGAUUACAACCCUUUGAGUUUCGCGGUGGAGAAUGACCAGUUUGCUAUUUCCUGGCAACAUGUGCAAAAAGAGGACAAUCAAGUCGUUCUUUACACUAUGACGGAGUUUGGCAACGAGUUAGACUCCGAAGAAGCCGACCCUGCUAAGCGAUACGAAGACCAAGACGAUGACCACGAUAUGCCAGAGACAGAUGCGAGAAGGUCACUAAUCAUUGCCUCGAAAUACACGUAUCUUGUCCUCGCGAUAAACAACACAUGUAAUCCAGAUUACGAAAUUACUGAGCCGACAGUAAAACUGACAUUCAAUGAUCGAGGACAACAACUUUUACACCACUCCCGGGGCCAAACUCUCUACAACAGCUUCCAGAGACUCAAUGAGUCCACGCAAGGAUCUUGGAAGCCGACCAAGAAGAGCACAAACGCUUGCGCCGUUGCACUCAGAGAAUCUCUUUCCCUCAGUUUCUCAAUUGGAAUCCCAUUUUUCGCUGCUCAUAAGCAGAUAGGUGGACAAUAUGGCAGGAUUCGUUGUUGUUGGCAGUACCUUGCUGUUGGUAUUGCAACUCAUCGGGUGGAACACUGGUCCGUGGGCUGUGUAUUAAGAUCUUCGGCCUUACCCAUGUCUCACAACUGUAGCCAUGUGGUGAACCUUGACCGAGGCAGGCGAUUGAACAAUUGGGAGGUCGUGGCCCUGCUGGAAGGGUUCCAAGAGACGAGCACCUCGCAGGGGUCUCUGAUAGCAACUUCACGUCAAGGUACCCGUAUUGCGAUUGCUAGUUGGAAGACCGUGUCAAUUUGGGCCCUGGAGCCGACCGCUUUGACUGAUGGCCUGGAUUAUCACUUUUAUCCCACUUCGUGGUACACUGCAGAAGGUUAUCCAGGGCUCCGGCCCGCUGUCAUCGAGUUAGAUGCCGUAUGCUCCCAGUUGCAAUUUACCGAGAAUGAAAACGAACUGGCUGCCAUCACCGGUCGAGGGCUCCUGUCGCUGCGUCUCAAGCCUGACGGGCGAGGAAUCCAAUUGAUCGACAGCCCCGCGGACGACAUUCUCAAAGGAAAAGUCAACGUCUCAUAG